UUCAAAAUGUCCAGUAGUGAUAAAGAGCCGUUCCUUGUGAAGUUCUUAAAGUCGUCUGACAAUUCCGAAUGCUUUUUAAAAGCCCUUGAGUCAAUAAAAGAAUUCCAAUCAGAAGAGUAUCUUCAGAUUAUUACAGAAGAAGAGGCAUUGAAGAUAAAGGAGAAUGAUAAAUCACUUUAUAUCUGUGACCCUUUCAGUGGCGCUGUCUUUGAUCACCUUAAAAAGCUUGGCUGCAGAAUUGUUGGUCCGCAAGUAGUCAUAUUUUGUAUGCACCAUCAGCGAUAUGUUCCAAGAGCUGAACAUCCCGUUUAUAAUAUGGUUCUGUCUGAUGUAACUGUAUCUUGUACAAGCCUGGAAAAAGAAAAAAGGGAAGAAGUUCAUAAGUAUGUACAGAUGAUGGGUGGACGAGUAUUCAGAGACCUUAAUGUAUCAGUUACUCACCUUAUUGCGGGAGAAGUUGGGAGCAAAAAAUAUUUAGUUGCUGCAAACCUAAAAAAGCCCAUUUUGCUUCCUUCUUGGAUAAAAACACUUUGGGAGAAGUCACAAGAGAAAAAAAUAGCUAGGUAUACUGACAUAGAUAUGGAAGAGUUCAAGUGCCCUAUUUUCCUUGGUUGUAUAAUCUGUGUGACUGGCUUGUGUGGCCUGAACAGGAAGGCAGUUCAGCAGCUCACAGUUAAACACGGAGGUCGGUACAUGGGACAACUGAAAAUGAAUGAAUGUACACAUCUCAUCGUGCAAGAACCAAAAGGUCAGAAAUAUGAAUGUGCCAAGAGAUGGAAUGUGCACUGUGUGACCAUGCAGUGGUUUUUCGACAGUGUUGAGAAAGGUUUUUGUCAGGAUGAGUCCAUGUACAAGGCAGAGCCGAGACCGGAAGCAAAGCCUAUGCCUGAUACUUCGACUCCUACGGGCCACAUCAACAUCAUUGAUAGUCGUACUCUUUCAGAUGUCAGCCAUAUUUCCAACAUAAAUGCAAGUUGUGUAAGUGAAUCAAUUUGUAAUUCAGUUCUUAAUAGCAGAUUGGAGACUACGCUUGAAAACCUAGAAAAUUUGGAUGUCAGUGCUUUUCAGGCCCCUGAAGAUUUACUAGAUGGCUGUCGGAUAUAUCUUUGUGGUUUUAGUGGCAGGAAGCUGGAUAAGCUGAGGAGGCUUAUUAACAGUGGUGGUGGCAUGCGUUUUAAUCAGCUUAGUGAGGAUGUAACUCAUGUUAUCGUGGGAGAGAAUGAUGACGAACUGAAGCAGUUUUGGAAUAAGUCGGCCCACAGGCCUCAUGUAGUGGGAGCAAAAUGGUUACUAGAGUGUUUUAGUAAGGGUUAUAUGCUUCCCGAAGAACCAUAUAUCCAUGCAAACUACCAGCCGGUGGGAAUUCCAGUUUCAGAUCAACCUGAGAAUAAGACCGCUCUUUUAAAAAAGAAGAACAGCCUUUCUAAGAAGGACUCUGCUCCUGAUGAAAAGCACAAGCAAGCUGAUGAGGACCUGCUCUCUCAGUAUGAAAACGAUAGUUCCACAGUAGUUGAAGCUAAGAAGUCUGAAGCUGUGAACUCUGAAGCUGGGCCUUUCAAUGAUUCGACUCAUGUUGAAACCUGUAAUGAUUCUACUCACAUUUCUGUUCAAGAGGAAAAGCAGUCUCCUGUCAGUCAGUGCCUCCCUGAUGUCCCUGCAGUGCCUGAAGAAGGUGUAUUUAGCCGGAAGAGUUUUGUUGUUCUGGGUUUUAGUGAUGAAAAUGAAUCUAAUAUUGCAAGCAUCAUAAGAGAAAAUGCUGGAAAAAUUAUAUCCCUUCCAAGCAAAACUGUUGCCGAUUAUGCCGUGGUUCCUCUGCUGGGGUGUGAGGUAGAAGCACCCGCGGGAGAAGUGGUUACAAACACGUGGCUGGUCACUUGUAUGGACUGUGAGACUUUAGUUGAUCCAAAGUCAAGUCCUCUCUUCACGCCGGUCUCCAUGAUGACAGGAGUGACCCCUUUAGAGAAUUGUGUUAUUUCAUUCAGCCAGUAUGCUGGAGCGGAAAAGGAGUCUUUGGUAUUUUUAGCAAAUCACCUAGGAGCAAGGGUUCAAGAAUUCUUUGUUCGUAAAUCCAAUGCAAAGAAAGGUAUGCUUGCCAGUACGCAUCUUAUAUUGAAAGAACCAAGCGGUUCUAAAUACGAAGCUGCUAAGAAGUGGAAAUUACCUGCAGUUACUAUAGCCUGGCUGUUGGAGACUGCUCGACUGGGAAAGAAAAGAGAGGAAACUAAUUUUCUGAUUGAAAACUCACCUAAGGAAGAACAAGAUUUAGAAACUGAAAUAACAAAUGGAGCAAGUAGAAAUUCAGAGCAUUCUGGCCCUUGCUUGGAAACUCACAGGAAAACAGCUGUCACACCCUUAGACAUGAACCGCUUCCAGAGUAAAGCUUUCCGUGCUGUGAUUUCACAGCACAACGGACAGGCUGUGCCCUCCCUGGCAGCAGGACAGCCACUUCAGAAGGAGCCCUCGUUACACCUGGACACACCAUCAAAGUUUCUGUCCAAGGACAAACUCUUCAAGCCUUCUUUUGAUGUGAAGGAUGCACUUGCAGCCUUGGAAACUCCAGGAGGUCCCAGUCAACAGAAAAGGAAACUGAGCACACCGCUCUCAGAAGUCAUCGUUAGAAAUCUGAAACUCGCUUUGGCAAAUAGCUCUCGAAAUACUGUGGCUCUUUCUGCCAGCCCUCAACUAAAGGAUGCCCAAUCCGAGAAGGAAGAAGCUCCAAAGCCACUUCACAAGGCGGUAGUAUGUGUUAGUAAAAAACUCAUUAAGAGGCAGAGCGAACUAAAUGGAAUUGCAGCCUCUCUGGGAGCAGAAUACAGGUGGAAUUUUGAUGAUACAGUGACCCAUUUCAUCUACCAAGGACGGCCAAAUGACAGCAAUCGAGAGUAUAAAUCUGUAAAAGAAAGAGGAGUACACAUUGUUUCUGAGCACUGGCUUUUAGAUUGUGCCCAAGAAUAUAAACAUCUUCCCGAAUCUCUUUACCCACAUACUUACAAUCCCAAAAUGAGUUUGGAUAUCAGUGCAGUGCAAGAUGGCAGACCCCGGACCAGCUGCCUGCUCUUGCCUGUCUCUGCAGCCAAGGAUGGCGAGCCAGAUCAUUUGCUUUUAGAAGAAAAUGAUAUAGAUGUUAUGAGCACCAGUGAUAAAGAAUCAGCACCAUCACAUGGAAGUGGAAAAACUGACUCUAAAGGGGCUUUGACACAGGCCUUGGAGAUGAGAGAGAACUUCCAAAAGCAGCUUCAGGAGAUAAUGUCUGCAACAUCACUAGUGAGACCCCAAGGGCAGAGGACUUCUCUCUCAAGGAGUGGCUGUAACAGUGCUUCCUCAACGCCCGAUAGUGCCCGCUCUGCUCGCAGUGGUCGAAGUAGAGUCCUAGAGGCACUGAGGCAGUCUCGUCAAACGGUGCCCGAUGUCAACACAGAGCCCUCCCAAAAUGAACAGAUCAUUUGGGAUGAUCCUACAGCAAGGGAGGAAAGAGCAAGGCUCGCCAGCAAUUUGCAGUGGCCUAGUUGUCCUACACAGUACUCUGAGCUUCAGGUUGACAUUAAAAAAUUGGAGGAUUCUCCGUUCCAAGAGCCUUUACAGGGUCUAGGAAUUGCUGAACAAGCUGUCUGUGAUCCUGGAAAUGUGUGUGUGACUGAAGUCCCCAAACACCCCAUCCCUGAAGAGCCAGGGACUCCGGUAAAAGAUGGCCAUCUGAUCCCUACGCCUCAAGCCCCCAGUAUUGCCUUCCCCCUGGCCAACCCACCUGUAGCUCCACACCCUGGAGAAAAGAUUACGACGAUGGAGGAGAAUUGUGAAGAAUUGAAAAAACAGUACAUAUUUCAGUUGUCAUCUCUGAAUCCUCAAGAACGUAUUGAUUACUGUCACUUGAUUGAAAAACUAGGUGGAUCGGUGAUAGAGAAGCAGUGCUUCGAUCCCAAGUGCACACACAUUGUUGUGGGACACCCACUUCGAAAUGAGAAGUAUUUAGCGUCAGUGGCAGCUGGGAAGUGGGUACUCCAUCGCUCUUACCUUGAAGCAUGCAGGACAGCUGGACAUUUCGUGCAGGAAGAAGACUAUGAAUGGGGAUGUAGCUCCAUACUUGAUGUUCUGACUGGAAUCAAUGUACAGCAGCGAAGACUAGCACUGGCAGCAAUGAGAUGGAGGAAAAAAAUCCAGCAAAGGCAAGAAUUAGGCAUUGUUGAGGGGGCAUUCAGCGGGUGGAAGGUUAUUUUACAUGUUGAUCAGUCCCGAGAAGCAGGGUUUAAACGCCUUCUUCAGUCAGGAGGAGCAAAGGUGCUACCCGGUCAUUCUGUGUCCUUAUUUAGAGAGGCCACACAUCUGUUUUCUGACUUUAACAAAAUGAAGCCAGAUGACUCCAGAAUUAAUGUAGCAGAAGCUGCGGCCCAGAAUGUGUACUGCUUGAGAACAGAAUACAUCGCUGAUUAUCUUACACAGGAAUCCCCUCCUUGUGUAGAAAAUUACUGUCUACCAGAAGCUGUUCCAUUUCUUCAGAAUAAUAAGGAACUUGGUCCUGGAUUAUCACAAAAGAGAAAAGCUCCCUCAGACAAGAACACCAUCAAACGACCUCGAGUGCAGUAACCCUGUCUGCUCGGGAACAUUCAGUGCUUUGAAAGCAACAACUCAGGCGUCCCCGUGAGAGACGUGCAGAAACGUAAAGACAGCUAGCUCUCCGAAGAAGCUCGCUUCCGAGUAUGACGACGACUCCACUGGAAGUUUUUAAACACCGGAAAUUUUAAUCACUGAAAUAGUAAUGCUUCCUGAAUCAGAAGGUACCUGAGGUAAAGACAAAUCAUACCCUCAGCCAGCUGCUGCUUUCACCAUGCUGUCGUGCUUAAGGGGCAUUUUGUUUAUUUUUCUCGUAAACAUCUGAGGCUCAGUGGAAGUUUUAGCAAGGUGAUAGAUUUUGCUUUGAAUAUCUGCCUUAAUUUGUACCAGGAAUCGAUGGUUGGGAUUUAUUUGUGUUUUCCUGAUUUUUAUCUCAUCAUCAUUUUAACCUCUUUUUUAUCAGGAGCCUGAGCACAGGUUUAUGAGGAAGCUGGGGCUUUAAACGUAAAUAUGUAUGUGUAUAUAUGUAUAUGUAUGUUUGUACAAAUCUCCAUGAUGUUUGCCAGGUUUGGGUGCCAAGACUUGGAAAAUGUGAAAAUAAAGAAUAAAAGUAGUGAGUCAAAUUAGUAUUAAUAUGUAUUCAGAUUAAUUUUAAAAAGAAAAAAAUGCUCUGGAAUCCAUUCUCUUGUUGAAUCAAUAAAAAGACUCAUAAAACUUAGCUUAAAAAGCAAAUUGUAGAGGCGUGGUGGUUAAGGGUGCUGAACUCUCACAUGACUGACCAUGGUUCGAGGCCUGGACCUGAUGACU